UCCAGCCCUUCAACACGCUUCUUCUCUUACGUCCCGUCCGUGAGCAGUGAGCUGGCCGCGGCGGAGAUUUCUCCUUCUGCUCGGAUCUAAUCUUUUUUUUUCCCCCUCGAACCUCCACCGGCUCAGCUCUCUGUUUCCCCCAAACUCGUCUCCUCGGCCUCUCGCUUUUACGCACGGGGGGAAUCUGGCGCAGAUCUCGGGGAGUGGAGUCGGCGGCGCGUCGCUCUCAGUGGUGGUUUUUCUCGUCCCUGCGCUGCGCCUCCGUGGCCAUGGAUUGAUUUCAGUGUUUUCUCUCCGACCUCUCGCCUCGACACAAGUUGAGAAAACAGUGUGAGCGUCUCCGACCUGCGGCUUCCUCCCUGCGGCUCCAUGGUCCACCCGGACACUUUGAAGAACUACCUGCCCCCGGAUGUUCCUGCGCAUUGUAGCACUUUGAACUUUUAUUUUUGAUACAUUUUGUUUUUUGUGUGUUUUUUUUUCUACGGUGGUCGUCCCCUUGUUGCGCAUUUCCCCAGCAGGAGGUGACCCCCCCGGGGAGCUGGGAUAUUUACGGAUUCAUUUUUAUCUUUUACAUUUUGAAAGUGAAGCUUCCUCUGGGCUCCUGAAGCCUGCAAAGAUUCAUUUGUGAAAAGUGAUGGCCGAGCGGGGAGCUCUGCGGCUCCUCUCUCUCCUCUGGCUCACCUUUCUCUGCACGGAGAGCACCGCGGCCAAGCAUGUCGACAAAGGUUCAGCAGCGCAGCCCUUCUCCCCCUUCUGGUUCACGGUGGAGCCCCAGGACACGCUGGCCAUCCGGGGCAACUCGGCCAUGCUCAACUGCUCGGCCCACAGCGACGCGGCCACGCCCACGCGCAUCGAGUGGAAGAAGGACGGCACCUUCAUGAGCCUGGUGUCGGACGAGAGGCGGCACAUCACCCCCGACGGCGUCCUGUUCUUCAACCACGUGGUCCACUCCAAGCACAACAAGCCCGACGAGGGAACCUACCAGUGCGUCGCCACCAUCGACAACCUGGGAUCCAUCUCCAGCCGCACGGCGCGCCUCGCGGUGGCAGGGAUGCCCAGGUUCGCCAGCCAGCCGGCGCCGUCCACCGUGCGUCUGGGGGACAGUCAGGUGAUGGCGUGCGAGGUCAACUCCGACCUGGUGCCCUUCACUCGGUGGGAGAAAGACCGGCAGCCGCUGGAGCUGAGCGCCCGGCUGCUGCUGCUGCCGAGCGGCGCCCUCGUGAUCAACAACGCCUCGGAGGCCGACGCUGGCCUCUACCGCUGCCAGGUGGAGAACGUGGGGUCGUCCAAGACCAGCGACGAGGCCCAGCUCCGGGUUCUGCCAGAAACUGAAGACGAGCGGAAGCCGGAGUUCCUGGUGCAGCCGGCGGCGGUGAUCAAGGCGCUGGGUGACAGCGUGCUGCUGCCCUGCGUGGUCUCUGGUUUCCCUGCACCCACUGUCCGCUGGAUGCUGGGAGACAAGCUGCUGCAGGAAAGCGAGGGUCGCCUGGAGCUCCUGGCGGGAGGCAGUCUCCAGAUCUUCAACCUCACGGAGGAGGACGCCGGCGUCUACACCUGCAUGGCGGACAACUCCAACGCCACCAUCGAGGCCCAGGCCCAACUCACGAUACAAGUUCCUCCCCAGUUCAUCAAGCGGCCGGCCAACAUUUACGCCCACGAGUCGAUGGACAUCGUGUUCGAGUGCGAGGUCUCGGGGUCGCCAGCUCCCACCGUCAAAUGGGUGAAGAACGGAGACGCUGUCAUCCCCAGUGACUACUUCAAAAUAGUUAAGGAGCACAACCUGCAGGUUCUGGGUCUGGUCAAGUCGGAUGAGGGAUUUUACCAGUGCCUCGCCGAAAACGAUGCUGGUAACAUCCAGUCCAGCGCCCAGCUCGUCAUCCUGGAUCACGAUGUAUCCCUGCCCUCUUUUCCUCCCCCUUCACUGACUCCUAACACUACUGACCAUGUAACGCCAGGCUCCGGAGGCGUAGCCGGUCCAGCAGGGCCCAGUCCCUCCGCCCCUCGGGACGUCGUGGCCUCGCUGGUCUCCACCCGCUUCAUCAAGCUGACCUGGCGCCAGCCGGCAGAGCCGCACGGAGACGAGUUAACCUACUCGGUGUUCUACAGCCUGGAAGGCACCAGCAGGGAGCGCGUGGUGAACACCAGCCGACCGGGGGAGAUGCAGGUCACCAUCCAGAGCCUCAUGCCCGACACCAAGUAUCGCUUCAGGGUCGUGGCACACAACGGCAACGGCCCGGGGGAGAGCUCCGCCGCGCUCAAAGUGGCCACCCAGGCUGAAGUCCAAGUCCCCGGCCCUGCUCCCAACCUGCAGGCGGUGCCGAACUCCCCGACCUCCGUGGCCCUGAGCUGGGACAAACCUCUCACCGGCAACGGAGAGCUCCUCACCUACAAGCUGUACUACAUCGACAAAAGCUUCGGCAGUGAACAGGACGUUGAUAUCGAUGGUCAGUCCUACACCAUGAACGGCCUGAAGAAGAACAACGAGUACAGUUUCCGUGUGGUCGCCAACAACAAGCACGGCCCCGGCGUCUCCACGGAGGACAUCACCGUUCGAACCCUGUCUGACGUUCCAAGCGCUCCUCCUCAGAACCUCACUCUGGAGGUGCAGAACUCAAAGAGCAUCAUGCUUCGCUGGCAGCCGCCCCCCCUCAGCGGGCAGAACGGGGAGAUCACCGGCUACAAGAUCCGCUACCGCAAGGGGUCGAGGAGGAGCGAGGCCGCCGAGAUCACCGGAGGAACCCAGCUCAGCAAGCUCAUCGAUGGUCUGGAGCGCGGGACGGAGUACUCCUUCAGGGUGUCGGCCGUGACGGUGAACGGCACCGGGCCGGCCACCGACUGGACGGCCACGGAGACGUUCGAGAGCGACCUGGAUGAAUCCCGAGUGCCGGACCAGCCCAGCUCCCUCCACGUGCGGCCGCUGAUCAACAGCAUCGUGGUGAGCUGGACGCCGCCGGAGAACCAGGACAUCGUGGUUCGAGGUUACUCCAUCGGCUACGGCAUCGGCAGUCCCCACGCUCAGACCAUCAAGGUGGAUUACAAGCAGCGCUACUACACCAUCGAGAACCUCGACGCCAGCUCCCACUAUGUGAUCACACUCAAGGCCUACAACAACGUGGGAGAGGGGAUUCCUGUGUACGAGAGCGCCAUCACCAGGCCACAGUCAGACCCCAUUGACCCCGAUGUUGACCCUUAUGAACACUUCCAUGCUCCAUACACUCCAGUACCCGACCCCUCCCCCAUGAUGCCGCCCGUGGGUGUUCAGGCCUCGGUGCUGAGCCACGACACCAUCAAGGUGACCUGGGCCGACAACUCGCUGCCCAAGAACCAGAAGAUCACGGACAACCGCUUCUACACGGUGCGAUGGAAGACCAACAUCCCCGCCAACACCAAAGUGAAGAUGGCCAACACCACCAGCCUGAACCACAUGGUGACGGGUCUGAAGCCCAACACGCUGUACGAGUUCUCCGUCAUGGUGACCAAGGGCCGCCGCACCAGCACCUGGAGCAUGACCGCGCAGGGCACCACCUUCGAGACCAUUCCCAGCUCGUCUCCGAAGGACGUGACCGUGGUGAGCAAAGAGAACAAGCCUCGCACCAUCAUCGUCAACUGGCAGCCGCCCUCCGAGGCCAACGGGAAGAUCACCGGCUACAUCAUCUACUACAGUACGGAUGUGAACGCCGAGGUCCACGACUGGGUCAUCGAGCCCGUGGUGGGAAACCGCCUCACGCACCAGAUCCAGGAGCUGACGCUGGACACCACCUACUACUUCAAGAUCCAGGCCCGCAACUCCAAGGGCAUGGGCCCCAUGUCGGAGGCCGUCAACUUCCGCACGCCAAAGACCUCCAAUCUCCCACCGAAGCAGGGACCUUCAGGCAACCAGGACCCACAAGGCCCGGGGACGUCAGUUGGUAAAUCAGGGGUUGGAAGCAACAGCGAGAAUCACAUCCUGGUCAUCAUCAUCAUCAUCUCGGUGGGAGCCUUCACCAUCAUAGUGGUGGUGGUCGGCGCCUUCCUGUGCACACGGCGCACCACGUCCCACCAGAAAAAAAAGCGAGCCGCCUCCAAGGCCUCAAACGGCUCCCACAAGUACAAGGGAAACGCCAAAGACCUGAAGCCGCCCGACCUCUGGAUCCACCACGAGAGGCUGGAGCUCAAACCCAUGGACAAGUCGCCGGACCCCAACCCGGUCAUGACCGAGACGCCCAUCCCCCGCACCUCGCAGGACAUCACGCCGGCUGAAAGCAACCUGGAGAACAACCCCCACCUGCAGCAGAGGCGCAACUCCUACCGCGGCCACGAGUCAGAGGACAGCAUGUCUACACUAGCAGGUCGACGGGGGAUGAGGCCUAAAAUGAUGAUGCCUUUUGAUGCACAGCCGCCUCAGCCUGUGAUUAGUGCUCACCCCAUCCAUUCCCUCGAUAACCAUCACCACCAUUAUCACAUGGGCAGCCUGGCGUCGCCGACACGGAGCUACCUCUACCACCAGGGUAGCAGCCACUCACGUCCGCACGCCUGCGCCUCCCCCAUCUCCCAUCUAGACAGGGUGGACUCUGCAGAGUCGGUCAGGAACACCCCCAGCUCGGAGCCCCUCCCUCCAGCCGCCGCCUCCUCCCAGACCUCCUGCCCCUCGGAGAUCAUGGCUGACCUCGAGGGCAGCUACCACGGCUCCUCCACCACCGAGGAGGAGCCCAGCUACUCCAGCAACCUGCCCCCCCACCGCUCGGCCCACCCGCACGCCCACGCCCACCCGCUCAAGAGCUUCGCUGUCCCGGCAAUCCCAGCCGGCAGCUACCCGUCGUACGAGUCGUCCGCCCUGCCCAGCACGCCCCUGCUCGCCCAGUCCGGGCCGCCCACUCACCCCCACGUUGUGAAAACAGCCUCCAUUGGAACACUAGGAAGGACACGAGCACCGGUGGUGGUCAUCGUGCCCAAUGCCCCCGACGUCCCAGAGACCAGCAAGAUGUUGGAAGAUGUAGACAGCAACUACGAGCCCGACGAGCUGACCGAGGAGAUGGCCCACCUCGAGGGCCUGAUGAAGGACCUGAACGCCAUCACCACAGCGCCAUGAGCACGCACACACACACGCAGAAACACAGCUCUCUCCGUCAUCGACACACACACACACAUACAUACAGAAAGACACACACACACACUCACACUCCUAGGUCAAACAAACGCAAUCGAACACAAACCUUUUGAGCCAGAGGCUGGUGGACACAAAAUGGCUUCUUGUGCCCGAGAGAACUCUCACAUCCCCCUGCAGAGAAGAAGAAAAACUCCAGACUGAAACUCAGAAGCAGUUUUUGGCUCACGUUGCUCGGUCUCAGGAGAUUGCCAUGAGAGGGAGAAAAAAAAAAAGUGAGACGCUUCAACUUUUUAUGAAGAACCAUUCUCAGAGACAAUGAACACUAAAAACAUUGGUCGCUCUCAACCGGAAGAUUGUGAAUUUUUUCCUCAGCGAAGACGCGUACGGUAGGUUUUUCUCUCUGCGGCGGACGAGACGACGGUUGAUUCAGUGUCAAAGUGAAAUGGAGAAAGUCCCCAAAAAUAUGCUGGUUUCGAUGUCGGUGCUCAUGCGGGCGCAGUCUACACACAGUGUUUGUUUGAUCCGUGUUUUCUUUGUGCAUUUUGUAUAACUAUUGGGCCGUUUCAGUGACGUGAACAUUGGAUAUCAGCCUCCUUUCUACAAGCCAACAUUACUCAUAAACCUUUUCCUGUUUUUACCCCUCGUGUCAUAUAUUGUGCCAUGACUUUCUAUUAUUAUUUUCUAUGUUAUUAUAUUAUUUUUUUUACACACAUAUCCUUAUAAACAUGUACAUAUGUUGUUUUUUGUUGUUUUUUUAAACUGCCUCAUCCUUUUUUUUGAUGUUUCCCAUUGUUCCAUCAUCAUUAUUAUUAUUAUUUGGAAUGAAAGUGGGAUUAUAAAUGAGUCCUGAAGCUCAGGCAUCAUAUCAUCAAGGAGCGAGAAGCCUGAUGUGUUUCAACAGUAAGUUCUCCUCCGGCAUUGUGUUGCCCCCCCUCGCCCUUUGUACAUUACAAUGUAUUUUUUGUUCCAGUCUUUUGUUUGUUGUGGGAGCUCCGUUUUAAAAGCCUUACCAACGUGUUUGUGUGUCGGACGGUCGGGACGACUUUUACAAGUCGAAGGGACUUGACAUUAUCUCCUCACAGGUCUGAGGUACCUAGGACUCAGGGCACUGACCCCACCACCCCUCACCCCACCCCUCCUAAAAAACACAUGAAUGAAAAACAUCCCAUGGCACCUGCUUGAUCAGUCAAUCACCUGCAUCAGACCAGUUAACUUUUAUACGAAGUGUUCGAUCAGACGUGUGUGUGUGUGUGUCAUUUCCAAAAGCCAAUAUUUGGUUUCAGAGAUCCGAGCUGCUGAACCCAGUGUGUUUGUUGGUUUUCUCCCCUGCUGGCCAUCAUCCGACGCCACACCCUGGUUCUCUCACAAACCUUACACGAUGCAAAGAUGUUGAUGCCUUUUGAAUGGGACUCCCAGAAUGUUUUUUUUUUUUACAUGGUAGUUUUUGUAUGAAGAGAAAAAAAAGAAGCUUGUUCUACACACAAAUCCAAUGUAAAAAGGAAAAAAAAGGUUCAUCUAGGAAACUAGUUUUUCAUUACCCUCUUACCCAAAGAAAUUUGUCAUUUGCAAUCAUAGUAAUUUGCUCUACUUUUUGUGAAUAUCAUGUUUCUCAUAAAUGUGCAUCAUCAUGAAUGUCAAUAUAACUGUAAGAGAUUUUAACUAUGGAUACAAACAAGGAACAAGUUUUUUUUGGUGGAAAAAAAAAAGAAGAUUGAAAACAAAGAGGGGAGGAAAAAGGACCGGACUCCAUUUGGGAAAUAAUCUAUUGAGUUGUAAACAGUUGAACCUGUAUUGCACUUUUUCACAAUUUUUGAAAAGUACAUUUCUUACAUAUCUUGUGUUUUAAAUAUCAGAAGCUGUUUGUGUAACGUAGUGUCCUAGGUAAGCAGCAGGCAGCUGGUCUUGUUUUUUAUGUUUAUUAUUUUUUUCUGCUUCAGAGAUGAUAUGAAUUUGAGCAGCCGGGUUGUUUACUUUGUGGCUCAUGAGGAAUUCUGUUGUUGCUUGUUCAUGUACAGAGCUUUCUUUGCUUUCUGUAGAAAAAAAGAUCUGUGGCUUUUUAAAAAAUGUUGGAAAAAAAAAAAGGUUUGGAAAAAAAGAUGUUUUUUUAUUGGUGCUCCUAUACAUUGUGUAUACAAACUAUUAUGAAUACUAACAAAGUAAAUGAU